AUGGAAUCGGUACUCCUGGAACACUUUCCUGCCGGGUUGGACUCCUUUUCCUCAGAAUCUUACUUCGACGAUGAGGAAUUUUUCACUGACCAGUCUUCGCGCGACCCUCUGGAAAGUGACGAGCUCCUGGAGGCCGAGGUGGGAUUCCUGAGCCCGCCGUUCCACGAGUGUUACCGCAGCGAUGGGGCUGGCGGUGGCUCAGGAUCCGAAAACCCUCAAGGCUUUGAGCGCGGCGGCGGCGGGGCAGCAGCAGCGCGGAGACGGCGGCGGGUCCGCUCUGAGGCUGAGCUGCAGCAACUGAGGCAGGCGGCCAAUGUGCGCGAGCGGCGGCGGAUGCAGUCCAUCAACGACGCCUUCGAGGGGCUGCGCUCUCAUAUCCCCACGUUGCCUUACGAGAAGCGCCUCUCCAAGGUGGACACGCUGCGCCUAGCCAUCGGCUACAUCAACUUCCUCAGCGAGCUGGUCCAGUCCGACUUACCUUUGCGCAGCGCGGGCAGCCAGAGCCCAUGCCAGCCCAAGAAGGUCAUCAUCUGUCAUCGAGGCACAAGAUCACCUUCUCCAAGUGACCCAGAUUAUGGACUUCCUCCUCUUGCUGGGCAUUCACUGUCCUGGACUGAUGAAAAACAACUCAAGGAACAAAACAUCAUUCGAACAGCUAAAGUCUGGACUCCAGAAGACCCCAGAAAGUUAAACAGCAAAUCAUCUGUGAACAACAUUGAAAAUGAACCCCCAUUUGAUUUCACAUCAUAA